CCGUGCUCUGCCCCACGUGUGUGCGUAUGUAAACAAGGUUGCAUGAGGUUACGUACGACUUGUUUUAAGUUUUAAACAGUUUAAACAAUCGGUAAGAUACAAUGGAGAAUCAGGAGGAUGAUCAAGGCGGACUGCGUGUCGACGGCCGACGAGCGUUGGAAUUGAGGCAAAUCCGUAUGCGGAUGGGAGUGUUCGGGCAGGCUGACGGUAGCGCGUAUAUAGAGCACGGCAACACGAAGGUUUUGGCCACGGUGUACGGCCCUCGACAGCCAAGAAGCAGUGCGUCGAAGAACAGUACAAAAGCCAUCAUAAAUUGUCAGUACAGCAUGGCCGUGUUUAGCUUUACCUCCGGCGAGCGGAAGCGCAGACCCAGGGGAGACUGGAAGUCGCAGGAGAGAUCGGCGCAAUUGCGCCACGCGAUGGAGGCCAUAAUACACUUGGAACUGUAUCCGCGCUCUCAGAUCGAUGUCUUCGUGGAAAUUCUGCAGGUCGACGGCAGCGAUUAUUGCGCGUCCGUGAACGCUGCGACGCUUGCGUUGAUUGACGCUGGAAUUCCAAUCAAGAAUUAUGCCAUCGGCUGCAGCAUAACUCUUGUCAACAAGCCGUCGAUAGAGGAUGAAGAUAAAACGUUGGCGACAGGAGUGUUAGACGCGAACUACGUGGAGGAGUGCUCGCCGGGAGUUACCUUGUCCGUUGUCGCGUUACCGGGAACGAAUAAUGAGGUCGAAGUGGAUGGGAACGGUUUGAUAGUGGUAGCACACGGGGCGGGGCAGAGAUUACAUCUGUCACGUUUGGAAGCGCUCAAGCAACGCUCGUUGCAAGGUUGUCAGGAUAUAAAAAAUAUAUUGGACCGUGGCGUGAGGCAUCAUCUAACUGCGAAUCUGCUGCCUUCUUUUAUGCACAAUUCACUUGAGUAGGAGGAAUAAUUAUAUUUCACUAGCACUCUGUAAGAGAUUUUAUAUAAUUUAAUUAUCACUGUACAUAAACGAUCUACUAAAAAAUUGUUUUCUUAGAAAAUUUCACAGUUUCGAAUGUUUCUCUUGAGUAGAAAAAUACUUCGCUAUUUCUCUGUUAAUAAACAGUCCAUUUUUUUCGGAGUUA